CUCGUCACUUCUGUCUGGUCUCAGUCAUCGGGCAACAUGGCACCUGCGGCAUCACUCGCUCUUCUCGCUCUGGCGAUCCUCGGAUCAGUUCACUGUCAAGAGAAUGAACCUGAGGUUGAGAGCCGUAACACAGAGUUUGAAAGGGAGAGAGUUCCUGAUGCCCGGAGAGACCAGACUGAUGAAGCUUGCUUUGAGAAGGUCAUGGACAUCUUCUUCGUCCUUGACUCCUCGACCUCCAUCUACGUGAACGACUUCAAGCAGGAGCGCCAGUUCGUGAGGGACGUGGUGGCCCGCUUGGAUGUGAACCCCCGCUCUACACGCGUCGGUGUGCUCACCUUCAGCGACGACAUCGAGCGCCCGACUUUGGGUUUGAACCAAAACCCACAAAAGUCAGAUGUCCUGGCUAGCGUGAACGAGCAGAACCUUCCCUACAGAACCGGAAUCACCAACACCGACCAGGCCAUCAGAUACGUGCGUGAGAACACUGAGUUCAGACAGGACAUCACCAAGGUGAUCGUGGUGGUCACUGAUGGAGGCUCCCGCUCGCCCGGCGCUACUGCCCGUGAGGCCGAGAUGGCCCGUGAGGCUGGCUUCUACCUGUUCGUUGUUGGCGUCGGCCAGUACCUGGACGAGCGCGAAUGGCGCGCAAUUGCCAGCGACCCUGACGACAGCUUCAUCUACAACAUCACCAACUUCCGGUACCUGGACAGCGUCAAGUAUUCUCUGCCCCCUCGUGCCUGCGCUCUGCCGCCCAUCAUUGUUGGAGGAUACUGUGGUGUCCAGCAGCCCGCUGACCUGUACUUCGUGGCGGCGCCAGGAGGCACCCAGGACGCUAUCCAACUCAUAGACAACUUCAUCGAGCGCAGCGACGACGAGAGCGACAGUCUCCGCAUCAGCUACAUCAUCGACGUCUGCCAGAACGCUGAGAACGUGCCUCUAGAGGAUGUCGGCAACUUCUGUGACAGGUUCAGCCUGGUGGAAGAGGCUGAUGUGGACACCUACAGCGGGCUCCUGGCCCGUAUGAGAGCUCUUUCCCGCAGAAACCAGGCCAACAGAGAGGCCAAACAGGUCGCCGUGCUCUUUGUUGAUGACGAGAGCAUGAGGCUGAACAGGUUUGGCAUCGUGAACGAGGCGAGAAACGCCGAGCAGUACGACGGUAUCGAGCUGGUGGUGGUGGACCUUGGAGUGCGCGGCUUCAGUAACUUUGUCCAGAGCAUGGCAGCCAACAGGAACAACGUGGUCCGCUUCCUCAGCGGUAGCCUCAACGCCCAGAGAACUGUGCAGAAAAUGCUGCUGGAUAGGUCAUGUGAAGCCAUCAACCGCUUCGACUUUUCUCCCGACCCCAACAAAUAAAAAGUGUGAUGAUUGCAGACCCAAAGAAGCAAGUUUUUGAAAUAUCUACUUAGAAUCCACAGAAAGAAAUUAAAAAGAAACUACAAAUCAAGCGCAUUAAUUUUGGAUGAAUUACCGUUGAAUGUUUCAAAUAACAAUUUUUUUUCUGACUGAAAAUCUAUCGAAACUUCAUAUUAUUAGAAGAGGAAUUAUUCGUUGCUAUCUUUCGGAGCGCAGUUGUUAUUUAUUUCGAUGAAGCAAGGAAAGACUGACUCCUCUCCUGCGCAACACCUGCACUGUUUUAUUUUAAAUCUGUAUUUUGUUCUUGCUCAUAACAAUUAAUGUUUCACUUGUAACGUGUUUUCACAUUCAGAGCAAGAAUGGUUGGUUUGCUUUUGCAAGGCGCUUGUUGUGUUUUGUCUCAACACUGCUGAUGUUUCAGAGUCUGUAGUUUUGCGUUCUGUAUAUCGUACUGUGUGCCCGAGCUUAGUUCAUUUUACUUUGCUUGUUUUAAAGUGGAUGUUUUUUUAUUUUUUUUGCGUCAUCUUACUUUUUUAAAAUAACAACCCACGGUUCCCUUUUAUUUAGACUUCCAUAAAUAAAAUAAUUAAAACCCCA